GCCAAAACGACUCGGUGUUUUCCGGUCAUACUUGGUUGAUGACGGGACUCGUACUGGUCAUUGGUCUCCGCCAGACGCUCAUACGCCACCGAGCUUCUUGGUCGCACCACUUUCUGACAACGACAGAGAUUACAUUGAACAAACAGACGAGCUCCAGCGAGUCCACCAUGUCCAACUAUAUCCCCGCCCGUCGACAACAGAGCAACCCAACAUGAUGGAACCGAGCUUGGCCAUCAAUGACAGCACAGCCCGCCGCUUCUUGUCGCUCGCUGUCAUCAAGGUCAGGAGGGGCUUCCUAAUCUGUCGGGCCGCGAUUGCGAUGGAUCGCCACAUCCUGGAUCGGUACCCCAAGUACAUACGCAUCUCUAAACAUCUCUUCCUCAAAACCGGGCGGGAUGUCCAUCUCACCGAAGCCGCCACGCUCAGGUUUGUCGCUGAGAAGACGUCGAUUCCAGUCCCACGUGUGCAUUGCGCGUUUGCCCACGACAAUCGAGGCAUCAUCGUGAUGGAAAGAGUCCCGGGCGUCACGCUCGCACGCGCCUGGAAGUCCCUGUCUGCCGCGGACCGGGACGCCAUUUUCGAGCAACUUCGGUCCAUGAUAAACGAACUACGAUCGCUGCCUCCGGGCCCCGGUGUCGGAAUUGAAAGUUGCGUGGGCGGCUCCUUGACGGAUCCGCGCCUAGAACGGGCCAACCCCAGGUUCGGGCCGUUCAAGACGACGCAAGAGUUCCACCUGUGGCUUCACUAUGACCUUUGAGUAGAGAACCGCCGAGACGAGGACUACAAGGUACAAGACGCGGGGGAGCGGGAGGCCAUCAAGGAAAUGUUCGCAAAACAGGGUGGACCACGGCCGCCGCCGGUUUUCACGCACGGG